UUUCGUGGUCCAUGAAAGGAGCGCGGUUCUGAACUCGCAUGAGAAGCCAGCCUCUAACGCACCACCACCACCACCACCACCACCACAUGCAGAUGGAUGUAUAUGGAUGGAUGGCCCGGCCGUCAUUCCGCCAUGCAGAGACACCUCCCACCACCGCUGUUGCGGCUCAUGCCCCUCGGCGGCUCCAUCACGUACGGCCUCGGCUCCUCCCACGGCAACGGCUACCGCCAGGCGCUGCGCGACCUGCUCGUCGCCGACGGACACCCCGUGCAGAUGGUCGGGUCGCGCCGCGCCGGCACCAUGAGUGACAAUGCCAAUGAGGGCUGGCGAGGCUUCACCAUUACUCAGAUCGAGGCCAAGGCGCGGCGAUAUUGCAUCCCGCCGCUGCUGCCCAACCUCGUCACCCUCAACGCCGGAUCCAACGACUGCAUCCAGGACCUAGACCUGCGGUCCGCGAGCGGGCGCAUGGCCGACCUGCUCGCGUUCCUGUGGGCGGCGUCGCCGGGGUGCACGAUCCUACUCUCCACGCUGCUCGUCAGCUGCGACGAGGCGACGCAGGAGCGCGUGGUCCGCUUCAACGACGCCCUGCGCGAGCUGGCACGACGAGACGCGCUCCGGGACAAGAGGCUGGUGCUCGUCGACAUGCAAGGCCCGGAUGGCCCGCGGCGCGACCAACUGGUGGACGGGACGCAUCCCAACGACGACGGCUACGUCCGGAUGGCAAGGAUCUGGCACCGCGGAGUGGGCGUCGCCAUGGCCAAGGGGUUUCUACAGCCGCCGACAGAAGACGCGCCAUUAUGAAUCGAAAAAGCAGUGGGAUUAUUAUCAAUGUCAUGUGUCUAUCUAUGGCCGCUUCGUAAAGACAAGGGGGCAUUCGUCCUAGCAUAUGGUGGUUAGCGGGCGUUUAUGCAUAUUAUAUAGAUGCUUCUGCGCGGCGUUGCUCGUGUCACGCAGCCGCGUGCAACUUCAUCGUGGCUCCAAAAAAAAAACAGAAUAAAAAGAAGAGAGAGGGAGAGAAACACACCAUGG